AUGACACCUGUGAAGCGCCCACUUCUGCUUCUGGUACAUGAGGUUGGAGCCUGGAAAGUGCUGUGUGAGAGCUGUGGGCAGCUGACUAGGGACCAAAUCAGCGAGUGCCUCCCAGCCCUGAGUGGGGAGCUGGCGGCACACCCCAGCGUCCACCACAGGAGGUGCCCCGAAGUUCCAGAGAGCAGGAGCGAGGCAAGGGCAAAGUAUGGUGCUGCCAUCAAGCCGUCAGCCACGGCAGCCACGGGCCGGUACACUCAAGGGCGUACGGGACCCAGAAAAGUGAGAGUGGACCGACAAGUGCGGGUCCUCCGGGAAACAGGUUUCGCUCUGACCUCCCAAAGACUGGUGAAGGAACUCGGAGGCAUGCUGACCUGGACGGAGCACCAAGAAGAGGCCCUCCGGGGAAGGCAUUCGGUCUCUGAGCAGCGCUUCCACCCAAGGGAGCCCAUCUCCUCCCAGCAUCUGCACCCCUGCGCAGCAUCCCCAGGCACACAGUUGCCGCUUGCUUCAUCGGAGCUCCCAGAGCACCAAGGAGAGAAAGGGCAGCUGGAGAGGGGCCAGGCACAGAGGGCGGCUCCCGCCUCCAGCGCGGGCUGA